UUUAAAAAGAAGUGAACUCCUUUCCUUUACCUCCUGCCCUUCUCUUACCUUUUCAGUGAAAUUCCAGCAUGCAAGCUCAGAACCAACACAUUACUCUCUGUGCCUAAUGUUCCUCAAUGUGGUUGAUUCUUUUUUUUUUUUUUUUAAUUUAUAGAUCAUUUCUUGGGGAGGGGAGGGAAAAUACACCUAAACACUUUAUCUCCAAGUUACAAAAGUUUGAGGUGCAGAGGGAAGACCAGAUUUUUUUUAAAUGAAAUUAUAUAGAUUAGAUCUCAAUAUUUAAACUGUUCCUCAAUUUUGUGAGGCUGUGUUGGAAAUAACUCGCCUCUAGUGCUGUUGGUUUGCAAGGCAGCGGUGCUUGAACAAUAUUUCCUGUGCUCACCAGAGACAAAAUGUACCAAUUUCCUGACACCAUUCUCUUCCAUUUACUUCCAGUGGUUACCUUGAGUCUUGACUAUUAGAAGCGCCCGGGAUGGGGCUAAGUUUAAUUCAACAGAUCGUGUAUUAUGAUCUCGCUGCAGCAUAGUGCAGCUCCAUGUUAACUCCACAGACCAAACCAUUUGUACCUGGCAGCACUUACUAACACAACAUGCGGCUUUUCUGCAUCAACUGCGACGACGGUCAAGAAUGUCGGUAUACAAGAAGGAAUAGAAAACUGAUACUGUUUUAAAUAAUCUGUAAUUUCAAUUUUUUUUUUUUUUUUGCUGAAAUACAUUAUAUUGUAUGUUUGAGAUAAUUCUAGUACAAAGUAUAAUAAAACUAGAUGUAUAAUAAACCCUUUAAAUCAUUGGUUAAGUGUACAAGUGGAACUGAAGCAUUUACUGGACAAAGUAAUGUUACUCUAAUGGUUACUUGCUCGUGCGUUGCCACACUGUGUUAUAAUUUGCUUCAUUACCUUGCUAUUUGAUACAUAGUGUGCAUUUCUCUCUCACUGUAACGAAUUGUAAUGACAAAUUUUCAUCUUACUGCACAAUCAAAAUGGCAUUGAUAGGAAUGAACUCCAGAGGCUGGGCCUGAGCAGGAAGGUGGUCCCUCAGGCCCGGUGCUCAGUUGUAUGACCUGUACCUCUCAACUUUUGCCCUAUCUGUUAAAUAUAUGCUAUGUCAUUAAAUGCUUUUAAAUCUAGCACAGUGGGUAGUUGUUGUUUUUCCUUUCCUACGUGCAUUCCAUGUAAGGAAAUUGCCAAACAAGAAAUAGCAAACAGGAAACAUUAGAUAGUCUAUCUGGGUUUCUGUCUUGUGUUUUUUUGCACAAAUGGUGUACCAGCUUUGAAAACUACAGUGAACAGAAUAACAUACAUAGAAUGUCUUACAGCUACACAUCCAGGUUUUAGCCUUUAUUCAUGAAGAAGUUAUCAGAGAGCUUGCCAAACCUGAGCUCUGAGGCAGGUUGGCAAUUUUUUUUUUUUUGUAAAGGUCCAGAGAUAGUAAAUAUUUUAGGUUUUGUGGGCCAUACGUGUUGAGACUCUGCUGUUGUGUAACACAGAGGCAGCCGCUGACAGUGUGUGACUGACUGGGUGUGGCUGUGUUCCAGUAAAACUUAGUGGACACAAAUUUGAAUUUCAUAUAAUGUCUACAUGCCACACAAUAUUGUAUGCUUGAUUUAAAAAAAAAAAAAGUCACAAUGUAAAAUCUAUUUUAUACAGAUCAUACAGAAACAGACAAAUAGGCCAGAUUUGACCCAUGGGCCAGUUUGCUGAUGCCCACAUAGGGUCAUGGGUUAGAUUUGUGUGUUACACUUGUCCUAUUUUAUCUGUCUUAUUGAUUCCAUAUCAUUUGCAUAUUUCCUUAUAUAAGGAAGCUGGAUACUAAUAUUAUGGAUUUUCAGUAAAUUAUUACACAGAGGCUGUGCCUAGCAUGACAUCAGUUCUGGGCUCCAAAGCUGAAUGGCAUUGGAGCUUUCUGUGACCGCUCAGUGAACUUAAACCCCACCAUCUCUUCCUCCCCUGCUUCUCACAUGUGCCCAGUGCCAUUUAUCUCACCAUGACACUCCCUUGCUUUGCUCAGGAUUAGAAUUAAGUUGUUCAAUUCUCAACAGAUGGACCUAUGACCAAAAUGUUAAGAAAGAGCAUCUUGGAAAGAAUCGUAAUUGAUUACAGCCUUGACUAAGCCAGGCAGAUGGCAAGUAGGCCACACUCAGGUAACCAGCAACUCAAUCCCAUAAAAAGUACAAAUGCAUGGAACAUUUUGCACAUAAUUCCAGGGGUUCAGUGGUCCCUGACUUUGUAGCUGGGGUUUGGCGGUGCUUGCUCUCCUUGCUAUAACUUGCUGAGGAUCCACUGAGGCCUGAGAGUUGAAGAUGACGGACAGUGGGGAGGAGAAACAGGGACAGCAUUUCUGUGGCCUGUCAGGGCUGAUGUCAGCAGGUAUGAUUAGAACACCCAGUCAAGACAUCUUCACUGUCAGAAGUUACAAGCUAUAUAGCUGUGAACUUGGAUCCUGUCAGGAAAUAAUGGAUUUUUUAAAAAUCCUACAGUAUUUGAAGAUUAUACUCAUUUUUAUUGUUUUAAUGUACUGUUUAAUUUUUAGCGAUACAGGUUGGGUGAUAAUACUGGCCUCUAUACAUUUGAAAAGUGAGACUCCUGUAAAAUAAGACAGGGUAUGAAAUGGGCAUGCUUGAUUAAUUAAAGGCCACCUUAGUCAUAUUUGAACAAGUUGGAAUGCAUCUUCAGUUGAUGGCACCUUAGUGUCAUGUCUUCUUGUGGGUAGAGUGUGAUGCUUCUUACAACCCAUGGCAUAUUCAAUUGGGUGAUGGGCACAUUUUUAUCUUCUCACCAAGUUUUUGGCACUUUUAAGAUUAGUUAUGUAUGAGGGUCCUGUGAUAUUUACUUCUGGAUCCAUUGUUUUCAUGUUAGUAGAAAUACUUAAAUACUUAGGAAAAAGAAGAUAAAUGAGUGUUUGCCAUUAUUUUGAACUGACCUUUCUAAGCAUGACCCAUAACCCAGAAAGCCAUAAAAGAAAAAGAUAAAACUCUAUCAAAGCUCAAGACUUCUCUCAUCAUUGAAAGUCAUGGUGAAAUCUUUCAGUUUCAUUUCCAUCAAUGAAAUUAUCCUUUUUGACUCUUAAAAAUGUUCCAUCAUUUGGUCGGAGCCCUUUUAAAUUGGCUUCUGAGUCCUUGAUAAUCCUGGUAAUCCUGAUACCUUCCUCCCUAUCUGGCAUGACAAGAAGUCCCAGGCUCAUCUAGUGCAUUUCUUGCCCCUAGACCUGCCAUCAGAUUUCUCUAGAAACCCUGGCUUCCCUUAGUGAAAAGUGAUAUUCCAAAACAAUAAUUGGUGUGCUAGCAAUCCUCAUUACUACCUACUGGGCUGGUCUUUGUUUUCUAGGCAUAUCAGUAGGUAGAGCUAAGAAAAAAUGGCUCUAGUUCAUAACAGGAUUGCAGGGGGUUUUUGUUUUGUUUUUUACAUUUUCUGUAUUAUAAUCUUCACUCAGAAUCAUGGCUCUCAAUACAGGGUGCAUGUAUUAGAAGAUCCUACAAUAAUUACUCAUGUGCUUUAUCCCAUGUUACACACACGAACUCAAUAGUAAUAUUAAUAACUGCAUCAGAACAGGUUUGGGGUUUUUUUUUGUCUAUGUGUGUGUGUGUGUGUGAAUUAUUGCUUCACAUACAGUUAUAAGAAAUUAAUUCAGCACCCUUUACCCAGUUUCCCCCAAUGGUGACAUUGAUAUGGUCAAGACAGAGAACAUUUCCAUCACCACGAGUCAUGAGGAUCCCUCCUGUUGCCCUUUUACGGCCAAACCUUGUCAACCCCGCCGCCUCUAGCUUCCGGCACCACCAGUCUGUUCUCUAUUGCUAUAGAUUUGUCAUUUAAAGAAUGUUGAAUAAAUGGAAUCACCCACAAUGUGACCUUUUAGCACUGACUUUUUCACUUGGCAUAAUUCUCUGGAGAUUAGCAGGUUUGGGGGUGUAUCAGUUGUUCCUUUUCUGAGUAGUAGUCCAUGGCGUGGAUGUACCAUAGUUUGUUUUACCACUCACUGAAGGACAUCUGGGUAGUUUCCAGUUUUUGACUACUUCAAGUAGAGUGCUGCAAACAUUUAUGUGCAGGUGUUUGCGUGAACAUAAAUCUUCAUUUCUCUGGAAUAAAAAGUGCCCAAGAGCGCUGAGAACUUUUAAAAACAUAUUUGCAUGUGUUCUCCAUUCUCCUGUUCACCUCCACUUUUAUGUCAUUUUAGUACAGUGUCUGAGCAAAGAGUUUCUACUUUGCUCUCACCCUCUUAACCUUGGUUUAGUCUCAGUUUAUAUUUACUGCUCACCACCAGUCCUCAUGCGUGUGUUUCCUAGUCAUUUUGGUUGAAGCUCAUUACCUUGGCGGUAGUGAUGUGUGUGUUUUAACAUUAGUUUCUUCUUGGAAUCCCUAAACUGCACCCUCACCCCCUGAUUUUUGGCCAGUUCUCUGAGUCAAGCACUUAAAAGUGAAGUGCUCUUUUGUUGCUGUCAAGACUGAAUAAAAAUUUCCCAAGGGGAAAAUAAAUGUGACCUUCAAAGUUUUUCAAGAUUUAGACUCAACUUUAAGAAUGCAGGCUCCCCUUAGAAAAAUGAGUUUUUCAAUUUAUUAAAAUAAAAAAGGCUGUGAGAAAGAAUGUUACAUCCUGUUUAGGGCUUUGUGGUUUGUGUGGGAAAAGAAAAAUGAGCCUUCUGAAAAGGGAUUCAGGAAGUGGAAUUGGAGGGACUUCCUCUCCCUUUAAAUUAGGGAUCAAGAUGUAUGAGAAACUGAUGCUUCUCUUCUAUGCUGUUCGAAGUAUUUUCAUGUGAAACACUACCAACCCCAAAGACAGUGCAGUGGGCUGAUUUGGGAGAGUUGGUGACAGUGGGUAGAAUUAUCUGGGAGAAGAGCCUCAUUUUGGCUCUUCGUGGGGAGCUUGGAAAACAUACAACCUCAGGAAUGACCAGGUUUCUUCAGGCACCUGUCUGGGGCGAUUGCCUGAGCGGCCUUGGCUGUCUUCAUUCUCUUCACCCUACGUGUCAGCUUCCAGGGGAUUGUUUUUUUAAGGUCAGGUCAGUGUCACAGCAGGAGAACACCUGGACUCAGAGAAGCCGGAAGGGCCACCCUUGGCACUCCUGCCCGCCCGGCUCCCACUAGGCCUGUGGCUGCUGCCUGGGGAGCCUCUUCUCUCUAUUCACUUCCCAGCAUGCACCACGUCCUGAAGGGGGCACGUCAGGGCCUCUGGAGCCGUGUGGGCUUGCACAAGUCUCCACUUGACUUUACUCGUCCCUUCAGAUACUUAUCACACUUUGGGGACCCAUUGUGUCUGGGAGUGGGAAUGGAGGGGGCGGUCCAGCAGUGGAGUUCCCUGAAACUGAUUCUUUAGAGGGAAAGGGAAUUUUCUCUUACAUAAGCCCAAGGGGACUUUCUCCACAGGGUGGGGCAUCCUGCAUUCCAGAGUCUGGGCGGGAACCUGGGAGCUUUCUCAGCUGAGGCGAUCCUUGGCUCACAGCAUUUUCCUUGGAGAAUUCGUUCAGUCGUCAGUCACCAUUUUAGUUUCCUUGUCACAACUGUCAGUUGCGGAUCCAAGGAUGGUGAUAGCAAAGCUUAGCCGGGUUCCCUGUCAAAUCAAAGCUGCCACAGAAUAAAUCCCGCUGCCUGCUGCGAAGCCCCCGCGCACUGCAAACUUCACUGAGCGAACUGGGGAAUCAGUGUUUGGAUAUGCAGAUCUCUGAUUUAAAAGGCGGGGCGACCCCCGCCAGGACCUCUCCCAGGGGCCGAAGCCCGCAGGUGCAGUGAGGCGCGCGCGCGCGGGUACGGGCGCCCCCGAAGACGCCUUGCCCCGGGAGAGGGAGCCCGGGCGCCCGGCGGGGUCUGGCGGCCGCGUACCGACGGCUUGUCUCCGGCGGCGGCGGCGGCGGAUGAUGGUGGCGGCCGGCGCCCUGGGCUGUGUCUGUGCGUCGCCGCGGAAUUCAGCGCCCGGUGCUGCACCCUGAGCCCUUGCAGGUCCUCCACAGCCCGAGACUUAGCGAGGACAGAGCCGGCGCGGAGCGGCAGAGGACCCGCGCGGGGUGGGGGCGAGUGGGGUCGGCUUAUCAUGGCGGAUCGGACAGCUCCCAGCUGCCAGCUCCGGCUAGAGUGGGUGUACGGGUACCGGGGUCACCAGUGCCGCAACAACCUGUAUUACACGGCCGGCAAAGAGGUGGUCUACUUUGUUGCUGGUGUCGGGGUGGUUUACAACACCCGUGAGCACAGCCAAAAAUUCUUCUUGGGACACAACGACGACAUUAUCAGCCUUGCCUUACACCCCGAUAAAACUCUCGUUGCAACUGGCCAAGUUGGGAAGGAACCAUAUAUAUGUAUAUGGGAUUCCUAUAAUGUCCAGACUGUGUCUAUUCUUAAAGAUGUCCAUACACAUGGAGUUGCCUGCCUGGCUUUCGACUCAGAUGGACAGCGUUUAGCUUCUGUGGGAUUGGAUGCCAAAAACACAGUCUGCAUUUGGGACUGGAGGAAGGGAAAACUUCUGGCCUCAGCCACUGGCCACUCCGACCGGAUUUUUGAUAUUUCCUGGGAUCCAUAUCAGCCAAACAGAGUGGUUAGCUGUGGAGUAAAACAUAUAAAGUUUUGGACACUAUGUGGAAAUGCCCUAACUGCCAAAAGAGGGAUAUUCGGCAAAACGGGCGAUCUUCAGACCAUCCUUUGCCUUGCAUGUGCCAAAGAAGACAUCACCUACUCUGGUGCUUUAAAUGGCGACAUCUAUGUCUGGAAAGGGCUCAAUUUAGUCCGCACCAUUCAAGGGGCACAUAGUGCUGGAAUCUUUAGCAUGUAUGCUUGUGAAGAAGGCUUUGCUACUGGUGGACGAGAUGGAUGUAUACGAUUAUGGGAUACUGAUUUCAAACCAAUAACCAAAAUUGAUCUCAGGGAGACAGAACAAGGAUAUAAAGGCCUCUCUAUCCGGAGUGUGUGUUGGAAAGCCGACCGCCUUCUAGCGGGGACCCAGGACAGCGAAAUAUUUGAAGUGAUUGUUCGAGAACGAGACAAGCCGAUGCUGAUCUUGCAAGGCCACUGUGAGGGGGAGCUCUGGGCUCUGGCCCUGCACCCCAAGAAGCCACUGGCUGUGACAGGCAGUGACGACCGCUCUGUGAGGCUGUGGAGUCUGGCUGACCAUGCCUUGAUCGCCCGCUGCAACAUGGAGGAAGCAGUUCGCAGUGUUGCUUUCAGCCCCGAUGGAUCCCAGUUGGCCCUGGGCAUGAAGGACGGCUCUUUCAUUGUUCUCCGAGUCAGAGAUAUGACAGAAGUGGUUCAUAUCAAAGAUCGAAAAGAAGUCAUUCAUGAAAUGAAAUUUUCUCCAGAUGGUUCUUAUCUCGCAGUGGGAUCCAAUGAUGGCCCAGUAGACGUCUAUGCUGUUGCCCAGAGGUAUAAGAAAAUUGGAGAAUGCAACAAGUCUCUUAGUUUCAUUACACACAUUGACUGGUCUUUGGAUAGUAAAUACUUGCAAACUAAUGAUGGCGCAGGAGAACGACUGUUCUACAAAAUGCCGUCUGGAAAGCCUUUAACAAGUAAAGAAGAAAUCAAAGGGAUUCCCUGGGCCUCCUGGACAUGUGUGAAAGGCCCUGAAGUGAGUGGAAUUUGGCCAAAAUAUACUGAUGUCACUGACAUCAACUCAGUGGAUGCAAAUUACAACAGCUCAGUGCUGGUGUCUGGAGAUGAUUUUGGACUGGUUAAAUUGUUUAAAUUUCCUUGUCUUAAGAAAGGAGCCAAAUUUAGAAAGUAUGUGGGCCAUUCUGCACAUGUCACAAACGUCCGCUGGUCUCAUGACUUUCAGUGGGUUUUAAGCACAGGAGGGGCUGACCACUCAGUUUUCCAGUGGAGAUUUAUUCCAGAAGGUGUCAGCAACGGCCUGCUGGAAACUGCACCUCAGGAAGGUGGCACCGAUUCCUACAGUGAAGAAUCUGAUUCAGAUUUAUCCGAUGUGCCGGAGUUAGACUCUGAUAUUGAGCAAGAAACUCAAAUCAAUUAUGAUCGCCAGGUUUACAAAGAAGAUCUACCUCAGCUAAAGCAACAAAGUAAAGAGAAAAACCAUGCAGUGCCCUUCCUCAAACGAGAAAAGGCUCCUGAGGACAGCUUGAAACUCCAGUUCAUACACGGUUACAGAGGCUACGACUGUAGAAACAAUCUGUUCUACACACAAGCUGGAGAAGUUGUCUAUCACAUUGCCGCAGUCGCUGUCGUGUACAACAGGCAGCAACACUCCCAGAGGCUGUACCUGGGGCACGAUGAUGACAUUCUCAGCCUGACCAUCCACCCAGUGAAGGACUACGUGGCCACUGGGCAGGUUGGAAGAGAUGCUGCUAUUCAUGUGUGGGACACACAGACUCUGAAAUGCUUGUCACUGUUGAGAGGACAACACCAGAGAGGAGUGUGCGCUCUUGAUUUUUCAGCCGAUGGAAAAUGUCUGGUGUCGGUUGGUUUAGACGAUUUUCACAGUAUUGUGUUUUGGGACUGGAAAAAGGGAGAAAAGAUAGCCACAACAAGAGGACAUAAAGAUAAAAUAUUUGUGGUAAAGUGUAACCCACACCAUGUUGACAAACUGGUUACAGUUGGGAUAAAGCACAUCAAAUUCUGGCAGCAAGCAGGUGGGGGCUUCACCUCUAAAAGAGGAAUUUUUGGAAGUGUUGGAAAAUGGGAAACAAUGAUGUGUGUUUCUUACGGGCGAAUGGAAGAUCUAGUGUUCUCAGGAGCAGCUACUGGAGAUAUUUUUAUUUGGAAAGAUAUUCUUCUACUAAAGACAGUGAAGGCUCAUGAUGGGCCUGUGUUUGCUAUGUAUGCAUUGGAUAAGGGUUUUGUAACAGGUGGAAAGGAUGGAAUCGUGGAGCUCUGGGAUGAUAUGUUUGAAAGAUGCUUGAAGACGUAUGCCAUUAAAAGAGCAGCAUUGUCCACUAGCUCUAAAGGCUUGCUUUUGGAAGAUAACCCUUCAAUUCGUGCCAUUACGUUGGGACAUGGACAUAUCCUGGUGGGAACAAAAAAUGGAGAGAUCCUAGAAAUUGAUAAAAGUGGCCCAAUGACGCUGCUCAUUCAGGGGCACAUGGAAGGAGAAGUGUGGGGGUUGGCAGCUCACCCUCUCCUGCCCAUCUGUGCAACAGUGAGUGAUGAUAAAACCCUUCGCAUCUGGGAAUUAUCCUCCCAGCACCGUAUGCUGGCGGUACGGAAACUCAAAAAAGGUGGAAGAUGCUGUGCCUUCUCCCCUGAUGGGAAAGCCUUAGCAGUCGGCCUGAAUGAUGGGAGUUUCCUGGUCGUAAACGCUGACACUGUUGAAGACAUGGUCUCCUUCCAUCACAGAAAAGAAAUGAUCUCGGAUAUCAAAUUUUCAAAAGAUACAGGAAAAUACCUUGCCGUGGCAUCCCAUGAUAACUUUGUGGAUAUUUACAAUGUACUUACAAGCAAAAGGGUUGGCAUCUGUAAAGGUGCUUCUAGUUAUAUUACUCAUAUCGACUGGGACUCUAGAGGAAAAUUAUUGCAAGUUAAUUCGGGUGCCAAAGAACAACUGUUUUUUGAAGCUCCAAGAGGCAAACGGCAUAUAAUAAGACCUUCAGAGAUUGAGAAGAUAGAGUGGGACACGUGGACCUGUGUCCUGGGGCCCACCUGUGAGGGGAUCUGGCCAGCACACAGUGAUGUGACCGAUGUAAAUGCUGCCAGUCUCACCAAAGACUGCUCCCUUUUAGCCACUGGAGAUGAUUUUGGUUUCGUCAAGCUUUUUUCAUAUCCUGUCAAGGGCCAGCAUGCGAAAUUCAAGAAGUAUGUGGGACACAGUGCACAUGUGACCAACGUGAGAUGGCUGCACAACGACUCUGUGCUGCUCACGGUAGGUGGCGCUGACACAGCCUUGAUGAUUUGGACGAGGGAGUUUGUGGGGACUCAGGAGAGCAAGCUGGUGGACAGCGAGGAGUCGGACACCGACGCAGAAGAGGAUGGAGGCUAUGACAGUGACGUUGCGAGAGAAAAGGCCAUUGAUUACACUACCAAGAUCUACGCUGUGAGCAUCAGGGAAAUGGAGGGCACCAAACCACACCAGCAGAUGAAAGAAGUUUCAAUGGAAGAAAGACCACCUGUUAGCAGAGCAGCACCCCAGCCUGAGAAACUCCAGAAGAACAACAUCACCAAAAAAAAGAAACUGGUGGAGGAGCUGGCUCUCGACCACGUGUUUGGCUACAGAGGAUUUGACUGUCGCAAUAACCUGCACUACCUGAACGAUGGUGCUGACAUCAUCUUCCACACAGCGGCGGCCGGCGUCGUUCAGAACCUCUCCACAGGGAGCCAGAGCUUCUACCUGGAGCACACGGAUGACAUCCUCUGCCUCACAGUGAACCAGCACCCCAAGUACAGAAACGUGGUGGCCACCAGCCAGAUAGGAACAACACCUUCCAUCCACAUCUGGGAUGCCAUGACCAAACACACCCUCUCCAUGCUGCGGUGCUUCCACUCCAAGGGGGUGAAUUACAUCAACUUCAGUGCAACGGGAAGGCUGCUGGUGUCGGUGGGCGUGGACCCUGAGCACACCAUCACCGUCUGGCGUUGGCAGGAAGGUGCCAAGGUUGCCAGCCGAGGGGGCCACCUGGAGCGAAUAUUUGUGGUGGAAUUUCGCCCAGAUUCGGACACGCAGUUUGUGUCUGUUGGGGUCAAACAUAUGAAGUUCUGGACCCUGGCAGGCAGUGCCCUGCUUUACAAGAAGGGAGUCAUCGGGUCCAUGGAGGCUGCCAAGAUGCAGACGAUGCUCUCCGUGGCCUUCGGUGCUAAUAACCUCACUUUCACCGGUGCCAUCAACGGCGACGUCUAUGUGUGGAAGGACCACUUCCUCGUCCGGCUGGUGGCCAAGGCUCACACAGGCCCCGUCUUCACAAUGUAUACGACCCUCCGGGAUGGACUCAUAGUGACAGGCGGAAAAGAGCGGCCGACCAAAGAAGGAGGUGCUGUAAAGUUAUGGGACCAGGAGAUGAAGCGCUGCAGGGCCUUCCAGCUGGAGACAGGACAGCUGGUGGAGUGCGUGCGCUCCGUGUGCCGUGGCAAAGGAAAAAUCUUAGUGGGAACCAAAGAUGGAGAAAUUAUUGAAGUUGGUGAAAAAAAUGCUGCUUCCAACAUCCUGAUUGAUGGACACAUGGAAGGGGAGAUUUGGGGCUUGGCCACACACCCCUCCAAGGACAUCUUCAUCUCUGCCAGCAACGACGGCACAGCUCGCAUCUGGGACCUGGCUGACAAGAAGCUGCUAAACAAGGUGAAUCUGGGCCAUGCGGCCAGGUGUGCAGCCUACAGCCCUGACGGAGAGAUGGUGGCCAUUGGCAUGAAGAAUGGAGAGUUUGUCAUCUUGUUGGUGAACAGCCUGAAAGUUUGGGGGAAAAAAAGAGACCGGAAAUCCGCUAUCCAAGAUAUCAGAAUCAGCCCAGACAGCAGAUUCUUAGCCAUUGGUUCUUCUGAACACACAGUUGACUUCUAUGACCUCACUCAGGGCACAAGCCUGAAUCGCAUUGGCUACUGCAAAGACAUCCCAAGCUUUGUCAUUCAGAUGGAUUUUUCUGCAGAUGGCAAAUACAUCCAGGUGUCAACAGGAGCCUACAAGCGCCAGGUACAUGAGGUUCCCCUGGGGAAGCAGGUAACCGAAACCAUGGUCAUUGAGAAGAUCACCUGGGCCUCCUGGACAAGCAUUCUGGGAGAUGAAGUCAUUGGCAUCUGGCCGCGAAAUGCAGACAAAGCUGAUGUCAACUGCGCAUGUGUGACCCAUGCUGGCCUGAACAUUGUCACAGGAGAUGACUUUGGGCUUGUGAAGCUCUUUGACUUUCCAUGCACAGAAAAAUUUGCCAAACAUAAGCGUUACUUUGGUCACUCAGCUCACGUGACGAACAUCCGUUUCUCUCAUGAUGACAAGUAUGUGGUUAGCGCUGGAGGAGACGACUGCAGUGUAUUUGUGUGGCGGUGUCUGUAAAUGGCAGAAGCCUCUUUGUUGCUGCUGCUGCUCCCAGCCAGCACCUGCGGAGGCAGUGACAGGGCAUCUCCUCGCCACUGGCUGCUGGGGAACGCCCCCAACGCUGCAGGCUGCACAAGCGGGUGCUGAAGGGGUGAGACUGCUCCCAGACUCGGGGGUCUCCAAAACUGUGAUGCCAAGAAGGAAGGUCAGUUCUGAAAUGUUAAGACCAUUUGCCUCUGUUCCCGAGACUAAAAACUAUACGUACUAAUGGCAUUGACAAAAUCCUGUCUGAUAAUGUAGCCCACUGACAAAAUUUAAAGCCUCAGUUACCCUAACCGAUAUGUAGCUUUUAAUUUGCAUCAAAACUUUUACAAAAGAUGUUUUGCUAUUAUGUUUCUAUAUACUUUAAAAAUGUUCAUUUUUACAAAUAAGUCAAUUGAACAAGACAGCUUAAGUCAGAUGCAGCGAAGUACUAGAACUAUUGACAGCCUCUGUUCUUCACGUUUAGCUUUCAAAACCAAAUGAGCCAUGUACAAACAAGUUGAGAAACUUAAUUUUUUAACGUUUCAUUUGCAGAGUUUUAUAUCCAUUAAGUGCCUUUGAAAGUUUCCAGUUGUGUGGGCUGCGGUCUCACCUCCCACAAAUUAUCUUUCUACAUAUGGUGCUAAAACUUCAAAACUGAGGAAGGCUACAGGACUCUUAGCAGAUUCCUGGUCUGUCAGCCAUGUCAUGUGUUUUAUGUCAAGGCUUCCUUAAUGAAAGACAUCAUUUACUUGCUUGGGAAAUAGUGGCUAUAGGAAGAUGAGCAACGAAGAUGAAUUCAGGAGCAAAGGAACAGAAUGGGUUUUCAUUAUGUUUAGUGCCAAACUCACAAAAUCCAGAAUAGAACUGAAAUAAAAACAAACCUCUACUACAAAAUAUAAGCAAAAAAAAAAAAGCUCAACCUGGUCCAGGAGGAUGAGCUAAUUUAUCUCGUUAAAUCUAAGACGGCAGUAGAUGAAAUGACUUGAGGUUUACCGCUCCCGGAGUGGGGUUUGCUUGACACCAUUAGUUUGCUUCUGGUGAACUAUAUAGGUCAAGUCUGGAUAAAAAAUAUUCUCUGAAGAACAAACUAAGCCUGAGCAAUAUUUGAGAAAUCAAGAUUAUAAAAUAAAAUCUCGCUUAGUGUUCCUCGGAGUUGGUUAGAUAAGAGAAUGUGACUUGGACAGUAUUAACCAGAAGACGUCUCUAAACCACCUCAAUCACACCUUAUACUUGGCCAACCACUGACUACAGGAGGGGGCUGAUGGCACACCUAAAGGUGAGGGGCCGGUGACUCUGAGCACAUAUAUAUAUAUACACCAAUGAGUCCUGGUCGGUGAACUAAAAUUCUGGAUCUUGAGUUACUGGCUAUUUGUAGAUGUCAGCUUAGAGAAAAGGUGAAAUGAAGCACUUUCAAUUAAAUAGAUUAAUAUUUACCACAGAAGUGCUUCAGCAUUCUAAAUGGAUCAAAUCAUUCAUUAAGCUAUUUUUAUAUGCCAAUUUAUUAAUGCCUUACAUUAAUCCACUGAUAGGUUGUUGAGCCCACAGUUAGAGUCCCUGUGCAGUCCUAAUUGUUUUCCGUAACCAUGUGACUGGUGAUGCUGAGUGAUAACCACGUCUGCCUAUACUGUACCACUGACCUUUCAUACUGAUUCAGUCUUGCAUUGAAAUAACCAAGUGAAAGAACUGAACAAUGAUGACAUGUACAACUAUAUUUAAAGAGCAAUAGUGUCUGUGUCAAGAAAACGUCUUAAAUCAUAUUAGUAAACAUUUAUAUGGUAUGAUUUUAUGUAUGUUCAUAGAUCUUGCACUGUAUUCUAUGUUAAAAUAUUGGUGCAUGAAUUUAUUUUCAAUUAUCAAAGUAUAAAAAUACAAAAUUUAAAGACA